CCAGGUUUGCAAGUCAUACCCCUGCCUGGGCCUCCUGGCACAAGAGAUAAAAUGAAAAGGGUUACUCCCAGCAGUUGGUCCAGGAGAUACCAGCAGGGAGUUUGUAGGAGAGAAGAAACCUGUCAGGGUGCUCACCAGAGGAGUGGAGAAAAGUUUGGUUAUUUGCAGAUUCUUAAACCAACAAAACUAUCUCCACCAUUUUCUGUUUAGAAGACAGUCUAAGAGAGGGAGUCCAGAAGCAACAGUUCAAGACAGACAUUUCCUGCGGUCAAGUGGAUGAGAAGAGCAGCCUGCAGCCAUGGGACAGGCCCUGGGUAUCAAGAGCUGUGACUUCCAGGCAGCAAGAAACAAUGAGGAGCACCACACCAAGGCCAUCAGCUCCCGGCGCCUCAUUGUGAGGAGGGGGCAGCCCUUCACCAUCAUCCUGCAUUUCCGCGCUCCGAUUCGUACAUUUCUGCCUGCCCUGAAGAAGGUGGCCCUCAUUGCACAAACUGGAGAGCAGCCUUCCAAGACCGACAGGACCCAAGUCACGUUCCCGAUUUCUAGUCUGGGGGACCAAAAGUGGUGGAGGGCAGAGGUGGAGGAGAGAGACGCCCAGUCCUGGACCAUCUCGGUGACCCCACCCGCGGACGCUGUCAUUGGCCACUACUCGCUCCUACUGCAGGUCUCAAGCAGGAAGCCACGCCUCCUGGGGCAGUUUACGCUGCUCUUUAACCCCUGGGGUAGAGAGGAUGCUGUGUUCCUGGAGAAUGAGGCUCAACGAAGGGAGUACUUGUUGAACCAGAAUGGUCUCAUCUACCUGGGCACAGCUGACUGCAUCCAGGAAGAGUCCUGGGACUUUGGCCAGUUCGAGAGGGAUGUCAUCGACCUCAGCCUGGGCUUGCUGAGCACGGACAAGCAGGUUGAGGAGUGGAGCCAGCCCGUGCACGUGGCACGUGUGUUGGGUGCCUUGCUGCAUGCUCUCAAGGAGAAGAGUGUCCUGCCCACCCCGCUGACCCAGGCUGCCCAAGAAGGGGCCUGGCUGAACAAGCGUCGGGGCAGUGUGCCCAUCCUGCGGCAGUGGCUUACCGGCCGAGGGCGACCUGUAUAUGAGGGUCAGGCCUGGGUGUUGGCUGCCAUCACUUGCACAGUGCUGCGAUGCCUGGGAAUCCCCGCGCGUGUUGUGACCACAUUUGCCUCAGCCCAGGGCACUGGCGGGGCUCUGCUUGUAGAUGAGUACUACAAUGAGGAGGGGCUUCAGAUCGGAGAAGGCCGGAGAGGAAGAAUCUGGAUCUUCCAGACAUCCACGGAGUGCUGGAUGACCCAACCUGCUUUGCCCCAAGGUUAUGACGGAUGGCAGAUUCUGCACUCAAGUGCUCCUAACGGAGGUGAAGUCCUGGGGUCCUGUGAUCUGGUCCCAGUUAAAGCAGUCAAGGAGGGGACACUGGGGCUGAGUCCUGCAGUGUCAGACCUUUUUGCCUCGGUGAACGCCUCAUGUGUGGUCUGGAAGUGCCGUGAGGAUGGGACACUGGAACUGACUGACUCCAACACAAAGUAUGUUGGCAACAACAUCAGCACCAAGGGUGUGGGCAGUAACCGCUGCGAGGACAUCACCCAGAACUACAAGUAUCCUGAAGGAUCUCUUCAAGAAAAACAGGUGCUGGAGAGGGUCCAGACAGGAAGAAUGAAACACGAGAAAGACAAUGGCAUCUGUCCUCCCAGUCUCGAGAUUGCCGAUCCUCUGUACCUGUUCUUGGAAGCACCCAGCUCCCUACCCCUGAGAGGGGAUGCCCAGCUCUCAGUGACCCUGGUUAACCCCAGUGACCAGGAGAAGGUGGUGCAGCUGGUGAUUGGGGUCCAGGCUGUGUACUACAAUGGCGUUCUUGCUGCUGAGCUCUGGAGGGAGAAGCUGCCCCUGUCACUCAGCGCCAACCUGGUCAGGAGAAUAACCACCAGCCUAUCCUUCUCCUAUUUUGAGCGAAACCCACCUGAGAACAGCUUCCUCAGACUCACCGCUGUGGCAACACAUUCGGAGUCCAGCCUUAGCUGCUUUGCUCAGGAGGACAUUGCCAUUGGCAGGCCACAUCUUGCCAUUGAGAUGCCAGAGAAAGCAGAGCAAUAUCAACCUCUCAUGGCCUCAGUCAGCAUCCAUAACUCCCUGAAUGCCCCCAUGAAGGACUGUGUGAUCUCCAUCCUUGGCAGAGGGCUCAUUCACAGAGAGAGGAGCUACAGAUUAGGGUCAGUACGGCCUGGAAAUGCAAUGUGCACCCAGUUCCAGUUCACACCAACACAUGUGGGGCUCCAGAGGCUCACUGUGGAAAUGGACUGCAACAUGUUCCAGAACCUAACAAACUACAGAAGUGUCACUGUGGUAGCCCCUGAACGUUCAGCCUAAACUUCCAGCUCUAUUACCACUCUCCCCAAGCAACUCUUAAAACGAAACAUGUGCUAGGAAGAGAAAA